AUGACAAGUACGGCUUCUUUUCAUCAUGCAUUCUGCCUGUUUCAUCAUAACCUGCACAUUUCAUGUUUACGAGAAGUUAUGCUGAGCUUCGUGGUCGCGUGCGCUGCGGCUGCGCUGCUGUGGCUGUCUUAUACACUGAUUCGCACAAGACGCGUGAUACAGGCCCCGGAACUGACCAGGCAUGGAAAAGGGAAUGAUGACUAUAGACCGAAAAUCACGCCACUGGAAGGCCUGGUAUGGGAGAAUGAAAAGCCCAAGCAGCUGAGGCCGUUCAAGCCAACCUACCACAUCACCAUGGCUCUGAAAGCCGACACCCCGCAGGAGCUCAUCACCAUCGACAGCGACUACCUGUCCCGCGUCACCCUCCGCCGCGCGCUCAUCGCCCAGCACGGCGCCACCGUCCACGGCUGCACGCCCCACGGCCGCGCCGCCGUCGCCGAGCUCUACACCUACCUACUCUCUUCCUACCUGCCCGCCCGCUACCCGUCCCUCUUCCAGCUCGCGCCGUCCUCGCGCGCGCUGCGCAACCUGGCCACGGGCGCGACGCACCCAACAGCACCGCCGGCGGACGCCGAGGCGGCGCUGCGGAUCCUCGGCGAGACGGUCGAGGAGGACAUGUUUCUGCUGCGCGAGACGCCCCGCGGGCACGAGUCGACGGCGUUUGCGUGCUGCUUCCCCUCGGGUUUCGACCCGAGCGAGAAGCUGGGCCGGCUGCUGAGCGAGAUCCACGGGCCCGUGCCGGGCUACGACAGGAUCGCCGCGAGCAUGGAGCGCUUCUUUGGCAAGCUAGAGGUGGGCAGGAGCGUGAAGCGAAUGAAUUGGUCUGUCCAGACGCACGACCAGCUCUUCAACUGCAAGGGCAACCACAUUCUCGCCGACGACGACUCGUACACGCCCGACGAACAAGUCGACAUCUCCAAGACCUUUGUCCGCGUCGAGCUCCAGACCCUCACGCGCCUCCCCGAGACGCGCGCCAUCCUCUUCUCCUUCAAGACGUACAUGUACCCCGUGCGGCAGCUCAAGGACGAGGGCGGCGGGCCCGCGUUUGCCGACGCCGUCGACGGCCUCGCGGACGGCAACGCGCCGGGGAUGCGCAUCUACAAGGGCAGCGUGCGCUGGGGCAAGGCCGUCUGCGCCUACCUGCGCUCCUAA